AUGGGCUCGAUUCCCGAACAACUUCCUCGCGGCCACUGCCAGCUGUACACGCAAGAACAACUAGCAAGAUACCUCGAAUUUAUCAACCCAGACCCAUCCUACUCAUUAGCGGCUCUUCAAUCAGAAAUUAGUCAAGACCCGCUGGCGGCACUGUCCCUUCUCCAGCUUCGACAAAACUGUGCUACGGUUUGGGGCAAUGUCGCGCUACACUAUUCAUGGCACCGGUCGCUACCUUUGGAUCCUGAUACCUUGUACCACAAGAUCGUCGAGCGGCGGCUCGGGGGCUAUUGUAUGGAAAACAAUAUGUUCUUCUCCACGAUCUUGAGAUCCUUGGGAUAUGAUCUUUACGUCACAGGGGCGAGGAUUAGUAAUGCGUUGAUGGGUGGCAGUCGUGAUCCUGAGGGCUUCGCCGGUUGGCAGCACGAAGUUAUCAUCGUCACCAUCAGCGGCCGGCACUACCUAGUUGAUGUCGGCUUCGGCUCCGGGUCCCCAGUGGAUCCUAUACCACUAACCAAAGACUCUGAACAAGAGCGAGGAUCCGUACCCGGCUCGUUCGUCCGCCUCGUCCACCGACACAUCGCGCCCAACACGACUUCGCACAAGGCGUGGGUGCUCGAGCUGAAGAACACCACGACGAACAGAUGGUCCGGAGGCUACUGCUUCACGGAGUUCGAGUGGCUGCCGCAAGACUUCGAGAUCAUCAACUACCGCACGUCCAAAGACCCAAAGAGCUGGUUCACCUACAAGCUGGUCCUUGUGCGCACGCUCAUUGACGAGGAGACGCGCACCAAAGCAAUCGGCACGAUUAUCCUCACAGAGAGGAAGGUCGAGAGGAGGCUCGGCACAGGCAAGAAGGAGGUACUUGUGGAAGCGAAGAGUGAGGCUGAGCGGGUGCAGGCCCUAAGGCAGUGGUUCGGGAUUGUGCUGACGCCGGAGGAGGAGAGGGGCAUCAGGUCCCUGGCUACUGAAAUCACAAGCGAGAUCGUCAAUGUUUAG